ACUUCCACAACCCCUUUUACUUUUCAAAGUGGGGAGAAUAUGAACUUGCCAAUAUAAAUAUACCCUCUUGCUAGGGUUAGGUUAUUAAGCUGCUCUCACCUCAAAAAGCUUUAUUUUCAAGCUCUUCCCAUCGAUUCAAGAACUGCCCUUGGAUCAUCACAUAUAUCAGAAACCGAGGUGAGUAGAAUUCUACACUUGUUUGUAGGGAGUAUUUGAUUGGAAAGAUAGCCAAGAAUUAGGGUUAUUACUGAAAGAAUGAAGAAGAGGCAAGUAGUGAUCAGAAAAGAAGGAUCCAGGAGUUCAAGUAAUCAGAUUAUUCGGACGGUGAGAUAUGCCGAAUGCCAGAAAAACCAUGCAGCCAAUAUUGGAGGGUAUGCGGUGGACGGCUGCCGGGAGUUCAUGGCUGGGGGCGGGGGGGAGGAAGGGACUGCAGCCGCCCUUAGCUGUGCUGCCUGUGGCUGCCACCGGAAUUUCCACCGGAGGGAGGUGGAAAGCGAAGUGGUUUCUGACAAUUCGUCCCCUUCUUGAAGGCGUGAUCAUCACUCCUCUACUAUUUUACAGAAUCAGCAAUUAUUGAUUGAUCAAGAAAAGCUUAAAGGUUUGUUUGGCAGAGAAAAUAUAGUAUAUCUGUGCUUAAUGAAGUGUAUGUUUUGUAAAAAUGGUUGAAUGUGAGACGGCACAGAAUUAGUAUCUUUCUGAGUAAUUUUCGCUGCCUUUUGGCUCUCGUUCAUAUCCCCAUUUCAGAGUAUAUUAAUUAAUUAGUACCCGGGAAAGGAUAAAAAACUUGGUGUUUACAUAUUUAAAUUGAAGUAAGUAAUUGGUUUAGAUGAAAGAUCUACAUUAAUGGUCUUAGUUUCCCUGUUAUUGCUUCAAUUUCAUUUCAUUCGUAUGGAUCUUCCCGUUUUCGUGCAACGGGAAAUGCCCCGUCUAUAUAUCUAUGCUGUGAUCUUCAUAUAUACAUUAAUUCCUGCAGGAUGAACUGUUCUUGGUGGCAAUUUCCAUGAACAGAUGAACAUGAUUCUACUGUGUGUGUGUUAUGAAGUUCAUUCUUGAAAUCAGAAGUACAACAAAUAAAGCCUCUUCUCCACAUUGUAGUUUGUGAUGCCCAGAAUAGAAAGAAAGAAAGCUAAUUAAUUGGGGGAAAAAAAAAAACAGCAUUUCUUCAGACAGAGGAUCGGAGCCAACAACAUAGAAUACUUUUCCAAGCUUAUCUUGAUGAAAUCCAUGGCUUUGUAAAUACAGGUGUAGUUGUCCCUUUACCGAGCUGUUUCUGAUCCAGUUAAGCCCCAGAAUAUAUAUAAUUAAUAGACUGAGUGGUUUGGAGCUUUUUGGGACUCUGAGGAACCAAGAGACAGGAUAUGCAAGAAUUCCAACUGUUCAACCAAUAUU